AUGGCAUAUUUAUAUUCGAAUUUGUCCGAUUUUUGGACGAGUGAUGAUGAAGAAGAUGGAGAGCGAACUGACGAAGAUUUCGAUGAGGAUUCAGAAAAUAAUUAUAAAGAUGAUACAAAUAAAAAUUAUAUAAAUGAAGAAAGAAAAAAAAAUAAUAAUGAAAAUAAUGAAUAUGAAUUUGAAAAGAGACAAGAUGAUGAAGGGUUACAAAAUACUUGGGACAUAGACAACACUAAUGUUUGCUCCCCCACAUCUGCUAAUUCAAAUACGAAUGCUAAUGCUGUGGAAAGGGGUGAGACAGCUUUGAAUUUAGACGAUUUACUGAACAAUUGUAAAAAUGAAUUAUUUGAUAAUAUAUCGAUCUCUAAUAUUUUACAAAAUUAUGAUAUAAAUAAUUUUAUUCAUAAUGAUAAUCUAUUAAAAUAUUGUGAAGCUGGUGUAACUAUAAAUAAUGAAAGUUCAUGUAAUGAGCCUAUAACAUUAAAUGAGGAUUUUAAUUUUAAUUGUUAUAGUCAUUUUGAUUAUAUAAAUCCUCCAAAUAUUAAACCUUCUCAUACACCUACAAAAGAUAAAGAACCAAAUGCUAUGGAUUUAAUAAGUACUGAAAAUGGUGAAAACAAUUUUAUUGAUAUGUGUAUCCAAAAUAAAGAUGAACUUAAUCAUGAAAUUAAAGAAAUUUCUGUAAAAGAAGUUUUGAACGAAACAGAGAAGGAAGAUUUACAGGAAAAAGGAAAAAAAAUAAGCAAUGAAACGAUGAAAAAAUUGGAGAUAGUACCCGAAAAACAAAGUGUAAAAUACAUAAGAAAAAAAUGGGUAAUUGAAGACAAUGAAUCUGAUGUAUCUAACUUUUCUAAGAAUGAUUUAUUACUAAGUUACGAUUUUGAACUUGAUAACUUUCAAAAAAGAGCCGUAAAACAUAUAAAUAAUUUUAAGCAUGUAUUUAUUGCAGCACAUACAUCAGCAGGUAAAACAUUAAUAGCAGAACAUGCUAUAGCAUUAUCAAUAAAAUUAAAUAAAAAGGCAAUUUAUACAAGUCCUAUAAAAGCUUUAAGUAAUCAAAAAUAUUAUGAAUUUAAAAAUAUAUUUAAAAAUGUUGGAAUAAUAACAGGUGAUGUAAAAAUGAAUGUUAAUGCAAAUUGUCUAAUUAUGACUACAGAAAUAUUAAGAAAUUUACUUUAUUUAAAUGAUAAUAUUAUUAAUAAUAUACAUUGUGUGAUUUUUGAUGAAGUUCAUUAUGUAAAUGAUGAAUUUAGAGGAGUUAUAUGGGAAGAGUCAAUAAUAAUGCUCCCUCCACAUGUUCAAAUAGUAUUAUUAAGUGCUACAGUUCCUAAUUAUUUACAAUUUGCUGAUUGGGUUGGUUUUACAAAGCAAAAAGAAGUUAUUGCAAUUUCGACAAAAAAAAGGCCAAUACCAUUGUUACAUUAUAUAUAUGCUCAUGAUUCUCUAUUUUUAAUUAUGGAUGAAAAAAAUAAAUUUUACUCAUCUGCUUUUAAAGAAAUAUAUGUUAAAAUUAGAGAAAAGGAGGAAGCAGGGAAAAAGGGGAAGGAACAAUUGAAAUCAUCCCAUGGAAACAAAAAAAAUUAUUAUUCUAGUGCAAAAAAUAAUAAGGAUAAUCAAAUGGAAAAGCAGAAUAAAACAGGUACUACCAAUAAUAUGGGAGACAAACAAAAUGACACAGUAAAAGGAUAUUAUCAAUAUUGCAAACAAAAACAAAAACAAAGAAUGUUUCAAAAUGAAGCUAACAUGAAAACUGAAAUUCAAAAAUUACAAGCCCUUAUUAAAAAGUUAGAUGAAGAUAAUAAACUUCCAGUUGUUUUAUUUUGUUUUUCUAGAAUAAAAUGUGAAACAUAUGCAAAAAGUAUGCCUCAUUUAAACUUUUUAGAUAAUAAGAAAAAAUCGAAAGUACAUUUAUUUAUAAAAGAAUCGGCUUCCAAACUAUGUGAUCAAGAUAGAGAUUUAAAUCAAAUAAAAAUAUUAUCAAAAUUAUUAGAGAAUGGUAUAGGAGUGCAUCAUAGUGGUUUAUUACCAAUAUUAAAAGAAAUUGUUGAAAUUUUAUUUUCAAAAGGUUUAAUAAAAGUAUUAUUUGCGACUGAAACAUUUGCUAUGGGUAUUAAUAUGCCAGCUAAGUCCGUCAUUUUCACUUCGAUUUAUAAACAUGAUCAUUUAAAAAAGAGAAUAUUAACAUCUUCCGAAUAUACACAAAUGUCUGGUAGAGCAGGAAGAAGAUCAUCGGACACACAUGGAUAUGUUUAUAUUUAUUGCUCCGACAAUAUUCCUGAUCAAGUUCAAUUAACAGAAAUGAUGAUGCAAAAAGCAGUUAGCUUAAAAAGUAAAUUUAAAGUUACAUAUAACAUGAUAUUAAAAUUGUUAAUUAAUAAACAAAUUAAUAUUGAAAAAAUGUUAUUCAGUUCAUUUUUAGAAAGUUGUAGAGCAUUACAAAUACCUUUAUUUAAAAAAGAUUUAAAGAGAAAAAAAAAGAUAUUGCAAAAUAUUAAACAAGUUGAAUGUGUAUAUGCAAGUGAUUUGAACCAAACAGCACCAAUAGAAAAUUAUGUAUAUAUAGAUCAUAAAUUAAAAAAUAUCGGAUUAAAUUUACAUAAAAAAUUAUUCGAUAUGAAAAAUAGUAAUGCUUUUGUUGUUGGAAGAAUUAUGCUUCUAAAUACUAUCGAUAUAUUUCGUAGUUCUGUUUAUGCUGUUUAUUUAGGAUGUGAUAAAAGUAGUAAUAAAAAAAAAAAUAAUAAAGUAAAUUUUGCUCAAAAUAGUAUUUUCUUUUUUCAAAAUGAUAAAGAAGAAAAUGAAAUAACGGAACGAUUUUUCUUUUUACUUAUUUUACCUGAUUUUAUCGGGUAUGGCGAUUUGACAAAUAAUACCGAUUCUACUAAUGCCAACGAAAAUGGUACGAAUAAUUCAACAUCUGUUUCUAAUGCAAAUACAAAUAUGGAAAAAACUCAAAUGGCUUCAGAAAAUAUAAAUAUGUAUGAAAAUUAUAAGAAUGUAUUUGCAUGUACUAACAAUAAAAAGGAUAUAAAAAUUACUUACCACUCCACAUUUGAUAGUAAUGAUAUGAAUAAAAAACAUUUUGUUGUAUGUUCAAAUGUAGGUAUAGAAAAUAUAUCCCUUAUUACAAAUACUAUAAUAAAGAUACCAAAUGUUAGUACAAAUGCACUUUUAAAUAAUCCUAAAAAUUUAUUAUUAUAUACAUUGGAAUUAGAUAGAUUAAUAAAAAAAGAAACUUUUGAACCCUUUACUCUAACAAAAAUGUUAAAAUCAUUGAAGUGUGAAUUUUAUUCUGUACUUAUUAAUCAAUCUGAUUAUUUAGAAAGUUUAAAAAAAUCGGCUUGUUAUAAUUGUAAUCUAAAAGAUGAACAUUAUGAACUUGUUUGUAAAAAAAACGAUUGUAUAAAUGAUAUUGAAAACAUUGAAAGAAAUAUAAAUGCAAAAUCAUUAAAUUUAUAUGAAGAUUUAGAAGGAAAAUUAAAUGUUUUAAAACACUUUUCAUUUAUUGAUGAUGAUAAUAAUUUAACAAUAAAAGGGAAAAUAGCUAGUUAUAUUACAUUAACAGAUGAAAUAACAUUAACACAAGUUAUUUUUGAAAAUGUUCUAAACAAUUUAAAUCCACCAGAAAUUGCAGCUGUUUUAUCAUGUUUUGUUUCACCUGAGAAAAAUGUAGAAGAAGCGCCAGACCUUACUCUAAAUUUGCAAGAUGUUAAAUUAGCUCUAACAAAUAUUCAUAGUAAAUUUGAAGAAUUUUAUAAAGUUAUACGACUUAAAAUUAGCACAGAAGAACAUUGGAAACUAUGUAAUUUUAAGCUAAUGUUUAUAGCCUAUAAAUGGGCACUUGGAGUAUCAUUCUCAGAGUUAUUAGAACAAUCAGAAUUUGAAGAAGGUUUGAUUGUUAGAUCUAUACAGAGAUUGGAUAACUUGUGUAGAAAAGUUAGAAUCGCUUUUUUAUAUCUCGGAAAUGUCGAUUUGGCGGAAAAAACUGAAAAGGCUUCUCUUCUUUUACGACGUGACAUUGUGUUUACUACAUCCUUAUAUUUGCAGUAA